CCCAAGUGCUGCGAACCGCAAGAUCACCUCGAUUGGCCGACCCCCCCGCCGCUCGCGACGACCUGUCCGCGGGCGUGUCUGGCUCUCUCUCCGACAAACCCGUCGGCAUCAUAUCUGAUUCACGGACGCCUUUGAGCUUGAUCACUUGUCAGACGACGACCUUCUGACUCCGGCUUGCUUAUGCCACCAGAGAGCUCCGGGACCGGUCGUUAGUAUCACCGAUUGUGGGGUUAGCUUACUCUCGCGGCACCUAGACCUACGGACGGUGAUAUCUGUUACUCAGUCGCCACCUGCCGCCGUUGGUACCUUGCUGAUGUUGCCGGGCGAGCCAUAGCGAACUUGAUACAUGGAAGUCGUUGCUCCGCCGUCCUUGAGAUCGAUUUCGGAGUGCUGGGCAUCCAGCGACCCAGGCGCCUACCCUGCCGUACCACCGACAGAGCUCAUGACAGAUAUCAUGGCCUACCAAUACCCGCCGCCGCCUCCAGGCGCCGAUAUGGACAUGCCACCAACUGGAUACCUACCCAGCUAUCCCGCGCCUCCGCACGCGUCCUCGGCAAUGGAUCCAGACCCAACUGUUUCACCCAGGGAUCGAUCGGACUCAUUGAAGUUGAAGCGGUCGAUAUCGACGCCGGUCGUCGGGCUAUCGCAGGGCCAAGGCCAGUCGGCUCAGACCACUGGGCCGCAACAAUCAAUCGCACCCGGUCAGGAUCCAUCGGGGGAGAGAAGGAGAAAUAAGUUGGGCUACCAUCGGACCUCUGUUGCAUGCGGUCAUUGUCGUCGCCGAAAGAUCAGGUGUGUCCCGUCGCCAAGCGACGUUCAGGGCCGUUGCAUAAACUGCAUACGCCUCAAAAAGGAAUGCAGUUUCUACCCCGUGGACCAACAACCGCCUCUAGACACAAGACAGAAGUCGGGGUCGCGAUCAUCUAUGGGGCCAAAGAUCCCCUCGGCAUCGUCAUCCCCGGCUAUGCAACCAGGGAUUCCAUCUGACAUUCACGGGCACCAGCCCUAUUCUCAACUGGCAAUGCCCUCCAUUCAGAACAUGGCGCCACCCGUGAAGUCUUCUGGGAGCGAAAUUUAUCCGCCGGACCCCAAGAUGCCGUCGAGCGCGUCAAGCGGUAGGGCGUAUGAAUAUGGCCAGCACGGAAUGACCAACUGGAUGUCGGCGGACACCAGUCCCAACUCAUCGAAGCCGAGUGACUGGAGGUCGUAUCCGAGUGACUCCCCCGUCACGCCCGCAUUCUCUCCCUACACGCAUGCGCCACCGCCGUCGGCCACCUGGUCGGCAUCUGUAUCCAGCGAACCAACAAGAGAUGAGAUUGCUUGGUCGUCGUAUCCUGCGCCUCCUUCCCGAUCCCUGUCCUUCAGCGCAGAAAGCAUGUCGGGCCACCAGCAGUAUCCGUCGAUGUCACAGGUCAGCAGCCAUUCGAGUCGUUCGUACGAGCGCAAGUCAAGUGCCGUCUCAGCCAACAGUGUGUAUCCCCCGACCAUUGCGACCACGAUUCCUGGGAUCGAGACAAUCCCUGGUACUACCAUGGACCCAAACGCUUCCUUGUCGGCAGGAGCCGUUCCGCCGUCCAGCUACGCUUCAUGGCAGCAACCGUAUUCGUACGCGAAGCCUGGCGAAAGCUAUAGUGGAUGGUACGGAGAAACAGGGGACCAGCAGUCAUCCGGACAUGGACAUUCUGGCCCAAACGCUUAUUAUGGGCGAUGAGUUCGAGCAAUUCCGGUCGGUCUUCGCGGAUGCGGUGAAUCCGUCAAAAUGGGCAUCUGCUAGCUGGACUUGCGCUUCGUUAUUGAGUCGCAAACACAGCUUUGCACUUUCCCCUGGGAAUUGGGCUACCUCUUUAUUGGAUGCAGUGCGGUGAGACCGGGAACCAACUGCUCCUGGCAGGCGGGCAUGG